GUGGGGAAGUUUUAAUUUAAGCUUUUAACCCUUUCAGGACUGGACAUGUGGAGAUGAGUGGUGAAGAAACUCUUUUAGUUGUGAAUAAUGUGAGACACAAGAAGCAGGACGGGAGCAUUGUUAUGACAAAGACUAGGUUUGCGUGGUUCCGUGAAGGCUACAGCUCUGAAAUGACAGUGAACCUUCCCUACUUAUCAAUUAAGAGUCACAAGAUUAGCAAAGAGGGUAGCUCUAGCGUGCAGAUGCAGCUGGUGCUGAGUGAUUCUAGCACUUAUAAUUUCCAUUACACUGGGAGUGACCCAAAGAAGGCCAGAAGUCGAGUCUCUGAACAACUUGUACAGUGUAUCAGCAAAGCAAAUGCAGUACAGGUCAAUAAUCCCGAGCUAGAAGCUAAAUGGAGGCUAUUGCAAGAUGCCGAUUUAUAUACACUCUAUAAAGACAUGGUUGUCUCUGGCAUCAUAACAGCUGAAGAAUUUUGGGCUAAUCACCAAAAAUCAAAUUAUGAUCAGCAGCAGCGAUCAGGCUUACCUUCAGCAUUCCUAGUACUAUCCCCAUCACAUACACAAUGCAUAAUGGUAACUUGUAUUCUCCACCUGCAGGUAGAUAUAGAGGCUGUGUCUGGUUGCAAUACUGUCCAGUAUCAACUUUCAACUGAUAUCAUUGAGAAUAUAUUUAGAACUUAUCCCACUGUAAAAGAGAAGCACUCGCAAUUAGUACCUGAUAAAUUAACUGAAGAGCAAUUCUGGGUCCAGUUUUUUCAAUCUCAUAAAUUUCACCGGAACCGUUUGCCCCAGUCAUCGUCAGGGGGGCAGUCGUCUUCAAGCAUGUUUCAUGAAUGCAUAGAACAAGAUAUAACAGCAAUUAAAGAUAAGCCAAAGACUGAUGAUGGUUUACUGAUACAUGAGAGUGAUGCUCCACUUGAAGAUGUUAUUUUAGAAGACUCUGUCCUAAAAGUUGAUAAGGAGCUACUCCAACGUUGCAAUCAACACAGUGCACUAGUACUUAAUGCUAUCCGAUCGGAUGAGGCAGCAGGUAAUGCAAGCCAAACUCCUGAAAAUAGGAAUGGAAGCUCGCUCCAGUUAGCUAUCGGCCCUGCCCACAUGAUAGCAGACACGCCCCCAACAGAUCUCGUAUCCCUUGCAUCUCAUUACCUCUACACAGCAUCACAAGAAUCCCAACAAACUCCAGUUCUCUUACCUUCACAAGCACAGUCCGCCAGUAAACAUUUAAUGGUUGGUGGAUCAUUAGUUAAUAUGGACUCCUCAGCAGCUGUCUCUUCUAUCAGUCCUUCAUCGUUUGAAUCACUCUGUCGAUAUCAGCGUUCACUGGGAGAGCUACUGAGACACUUCUGGGCUUGUUUCCCUGUUGUUAAUCAGCAGCUGGAGCAAAAGGUCCAUAGAAUGGCUCAAUGUAUACAGGAUUUUAGAGACAAGCAACUCUUAAAUGAGUUCAAGUUGCAACUGACUUCAGACUCAGAGGAAAAACUACUUGGGCAGUUGCUUCUGUUAAUUGAUGCAGCAAUGGACAGAUAUCAUGACUGGAUGAGCAAACAGAGAUAAUGAUGAAUGGUAUCAAUUAAUUAUUAUCCUCUUAUUAAUUUAAUUCAUAAUAUUGUAUGCAUAAUUAUCAUUAUUAUUUGCUUCAUGCUUUCUUGAAAGGUUUUUAAAAUGUAA